UAGCGGAGUUUAAUGUCUGGACGAGGGAAGCUGGUGCAGGCAGCCUCUCUUUAUCAAUAGAAGGACCCUCAAAGGCUGAGAUUGAUUUCAAGGACAGAAAAGAUGGUUCUUGCUAUGUGUCCUAUGUUGUUCAAGAACCAGGUGAAUAUCGUGUUGGCAUUAAGUUCAAUGAUCAGCACAUCCCACAUAGUCCAUACAAGGUGUACGUCAUGCCUCCUACUGGAGAUUCAAAGAAGGUUGAGUUGGGUGCAAUACCUGAAGGAAACCUCAGAGUCAAUAAGCCUGUGGCAUUCACAGUUCACAUGAAUGGUGCCAGGGGCAUGUUAGAUGGCAAAGUGGUUGCUCCUUCUGGGUGUGAAGAUGAUUGUUUUCUUGUUCCAAUUGAUGAAGAUCUGUGGGCUCUGCGGUUCAUCCCAAGAGAAAAUGGCAUUCACCAAGUCCACAUUCGUCACAAUGGUGUCCAUAUACCAGAGAGUCCUUUCCGUGUCCGUGUUGGUCAGGAGGGUAUUGAUCCCACUUCAGUUCGUACCUUAGGUAAUGGACUGAAGGAAUGUAAGGCAGGAACUCAGGCAGACUUUACAGUGGACACCAGAAAUGCAGGACUGGGAACUUUAGCUGUAACUAUUGAUGGCCCAUCAAAGGUUUCCAUGGACUGUACGGAAGUUGAGGAAGGGUAUAAAGUUCGCUAUACUCCACUGGCUCCUGGUGACUACUUCAUCAUUGUCAAAUAUAAUGGUAACCACAUAGCAGGAAGCCCCUUCAAAGUUCGAUGCACUGGGACUUCUGCAACAGGUUAUGGCGAACAUGAAACGUCCUCAGUUAUAGUUGAAACAGUUACAAAGCAGGCAGGACAGAAGAGCCAAAGUCUCCCUGCCUUCCGUUCUGAUGCAAAGAAAGUUACAUGCAAAGGAAUGGGAGUACAAAAAGCAUUCUUACAUAAACAGAACACCUUCACCGUGAACUGCGGGGAUGCUGGUAACAACCUCCUGUACGUGUCCAUCUACGGUCCUAAAGGACCAUCAGACGAGGUGUUCGUGAAGCACUUAGGUCGGCACAUGUAUCAAGUAAAUUAUGUUUUGAAAGAAAAAGGAGAGUACGUGUUGGUGGUGAAGUGGGGCGACGAACAUAUCCCCGGAAGUCCUUUUAAAGUGGAAGCCUCGUGAAGCAACUUUGGCAGAUUUUCAGUUUUUGUUUACUUCUAUAGAAAAUAUUCACACAUUAUGCUUUUUCUUGUGAAGAAUCUUAACAUAUGAUAUUUAGCUCCUCUGUUAAAUGUAUUGAGAAAAGACAGCUUUUAUGGAUAGUUUUACUAUCUAUAUGUAGGAGAGAAUGGCUGGAACAUGUACUCAGUAGACAUGCUUGGUGUACUUAGUGCAAUAUCAAACCCAAUUCGUUUCUAUCAAUAAAUUCAGUAAAAUUAUAACAUAAAAGACUCGGUAAAAUAAACUAUUUCAGUGGUUUUUAAUAUACUUAUGAGGAUCUUGUACAGUUUGCAUGACUGCUUAACUUAAUACAGUAAGUAAUCAUGUAUUCUCCUGGAAGAAUGAUCACAAGUUACCAAAGUUUACUAAAUAUAUGUUUAAUUAACUUGGCAAGUUUAACUAAGCCACGUAGUAUUUUUAUUAUUUAUAAAAAAAUAUUUCUGCAUGAAAUCUUGUCUCAAUUGGAACUUUUGUAUCUUAUAUCGAGUGUCAUUGUAGAGGUACUAACAGAUAUAUUGAUGGAGAAAUUACAGUAUUUGUUAAAUAUUGUUUAGUUUUUGCUUUAUAAAAUAAUAUAAGAAAGUCCUUUCAAAAAUGUAAUAAAACCAAAAUAUGUAAUAAAACAA